AUGUCUGUAAUAAAAUAGGUUCUAAAAAUAUUAUAUCAUAAUAGUUUGUGAUUAUUCUACAGACAUGAAAUUAAAUUAACUUGUGAAAUUAACUUGUGACAAAGUGCAAAAACAGAUGCACAUGCACACAUAACACAUUGCACGCAUAACAAGUGGGACAAAACACACCCACGCUUACACACCUUUAGACUGUAUGACCACAAAGUAACAGUGUCUUCUUAUGAGCAUUAAACUGCCGUUAUUUCCUCCUUGCUGUUACAUUUGACUUUGUUAGAUCUCGAAGACACAGUUUUUGUGAGACAACACAAUGGAUGUUCACAGCUAUUUGAUUAUUUAUCCUUUUCUGUUGGUCGCAUGUUUCAAAGUUUCAGAUUGCUCUGAAGUGUCUAUUGUUGGAGGAAAAGAUGUGAAAAAACUUGAUCCAUGGAUGGUGUCGAUUCAGAAGGAUGAGCUUCAUGUGUGUGGAGGAAUUCUUAUUAAAGACCAGUGGGUUUUGACUGCUGCUCACUGCAAAGAAGAGCCCAUAGAAUCUGUGACAGUUCUCAUUGGGACUCUGUCUCUGAGUAAAACUAAAGGCUCUCAGCGAGUUGCCAUUCUCAGUUAUGAGCACCCCAAAACAUACAAUGAUCAAACUAAACAGGAUGACAUUAUGCUCAUUAAGUUAAAGAAAAAAGUGAAAGCAAAGCCCAAAAAACUCCCCAAAAAGGAGCAAGACUUUCAACCUGGAACAAAGUGUGUUGUAACAGGUUGGGGAACUAAGGAUGCAAAAGUUUCUCUGGCUUCUGAUAAACUGCAAAUGUUAGAUGUCACCAUUGUGGACCAAAAACUGUGCAACCGUUAUUACAAGGAUGAACUUGUCAUUACAAAUGAUAUGCUGUGUGCAGGAAACACAGAGAAAAACCGAGGCACUUGUCACGGAGAUACCGGUGGACCACUGCAAUGUAAGAAAAACCUUGUUGGAGUCGUUUCAGGGUCGAGGGGAUGUGGUGUUCCUGGGAAACCAACUGUGUACACUUUUCUUUCUAAAAAGCACAUCUUCUGGAUCAACGACGUACUAAAAAAACAAUUCAACAGCACAACUUAUUAGGAACAUAGGGGAUAGUAUAAUAUCUCAUUAGCUGUAAGCAGUCAGGAUAUUGUAUUUACAAAGUGCCUGCUAAUUUUUUUACUUUUUUUUAGUACAGUUUAACAAAUACAAGUAUCUGAUAUUAAAGUAAUACAUUGUGCUUUAUUUUUUUAUUGAUAUCUUCCCUUGAUAUGUAGUUAAUAACUGGAAAUUUUGUUCUUGGUUGUUUGUCUGCUAUAACAUUAAACGCAUUUCACACCAAGA